AGUCGCGGUUACAACAAGCCUCUGGAGACUCUGGACCGGAGGACUUUAUACUCUGAGGGAGCAGAAACGUCGACCAGCAACAGGACGAUAACAUAACAAACAAACAGCAGUGGCAGCCGGCUGGAUAUUCCCCCCCCCUUCAGCAGCUAACACACACUCCAUGAAAUGCAGCACUCGGUAGGAUGAUCAGUAAUCAAGAAGAAGAUGAGUUUGUCGCAGUGCGGGUUCAAGAUCCCCGCAUUCAGAACGAAGGCUCGUGGAAUUCACACGUUGACUUUAAGAUAUUCCUACAUACCAACAGUAAAGCCUUCACAGCCAAGACGUCCUGCGUGCGGCGGCGCUACAGCGAGUUUGUUUGGCUCAAGAAGAAACUGCAGAAAAAUGCAGGUUUGGUGCCGGUCCCAGAGCUGCCAGGAAAGUCUCUGUUCUCCUUCAGCAACGAGGACUUCCUGGAGAGGAGAAGGAAAGGACUUCAGGCCUUUUUGGACAAAGUGGUGAACAUGACCGUGUGCCUGUCAGACAGCCAGCUGCACCUCUUCCUGCAGACCCAGCUCCCAGUCGGUCACAUCCUGGACUGCGUGCAGGGACACACUCCGUACACGGUGAUGGACGCCAUCCUCACCUACGCCUCGUCCAAUCGGGGCUUUGCUCAGGCUCAGGAGGACGACUCCAUCAAAGAGCCGAGUCUGACGGUUUCUUACGAGUCCAUGGAGAGUCCGGCUCCUCAUCAACCAACCGAAGACACCGUCAGACCCGAGCUGCUGCCCUGCGCUGACCCCGACCCUCUCGAAGGUUUACUGGAGAUCCACGACAGAGACACAGCAGAGAAACCCUCGAUAAGAGUCCUCCAGAAUCAGAACCACUUGGAGGCCGUUGUGGAGGACUGCGGCCCGACAGAGGCGAGCUUCUUUCUGGGCGACCGAUCGCCCGACAGCCUCAGCCUCUCAGAAGAGACUCAGCCGAGGAGCUGUCUGAUUCAGACUCCCGUGGAGGUGCACUCGCCCAUGGGGGACGGUUUUGAGGAGAACUGCGGGUUUGAGGAGGAGCGCACAGUUACAGAGGAGCCGUCAGAGACAAUAGAGGAGACGUCAGAGACAGUAGAGGUAACGUCAGAGACAAUAGAGGUGACGUCACAGACAAUAGAGGAGACGUCAGAGACAAUAGAGGUGACGUCAGAGACAAUAGAGGAGACGUCAGAGACAAUAGAGGAGACGUCACAGACAAUAGAGGAGACGUCAGAGACAAUAGAGGAGACGUCAGAGACAAUAGAGGAGACGUCACAGACAAUAGAGGUAACGUCAGAGACAAUAGAGGAGACAGUUUCUCUUACUGACCUGAAGGAGAUGGAACAUCUAGAUAAGAUAGGCUGUGAACUAGCAGAAAAAUGUGCAAAUUAUGUUUUAGAUUUUACAGACUCGAAUGAGCAGAGCAUCGAGGAUGACGCUGAGGAAGACGCAGAGGAAGACGUCUCCUCCGAAAAUCAGGUUUUAGAAAAUCACAUCACCUCUGAGGUCAGUGAAAGUCGCGUUACAGAUGUCACCCGUCCCGAGGAGAACGGGACACCAGACGAGCAACGAGAGCCAGAGGAGGAAACUAGUGAUGAACUGCUGAAAGAAGAGGAGUCAACACCUCAGCCUGAAGUCCCUGAGGUGGGUCAACAUGUGGUCGGAGUCCCAGAGGAGGACCAAGACCAGGCCGAGCAGCAGGAAGUGGAUCUGAAUAAAGAGGAGAGCGACGAGGACAGCCAAUCACUGCCAUCGUCCAAUGAGAGCAUCGUUAAGGUGAGCGAUGAAGAAGAGGAAGAAGUGUGCGACGAGGCCGCCGACGGCUACAUGAAAAGUUCUCCCGACGACGUCUCUCAUUGGUCGGACGUGGACGCGUGCAGCAGGAACAUUUUGGACCUGCAGAUGAACGGCUGCUCAGCGGAGAAAGACCUGCCGUACAUGUCCGACCUCAGAGACCUCAGCGACUCUUUGGACGUCAGCUCGACCGUAUCCGGCGGAGAUUUAAACGAAAACAGCGAAUUCAGCAUCUUAGAGACGAGCCGCGUCCCCGAGCUCGCGGACGGCAGGUCCUCGCCGUGUUUGGACGCCUCGGAGGAGACUCCUGAGGUGGAGGUGCAUUAAUUAAACAGCCAUCACUGGGUCGUCGUCCCAUCACUGAAACUCCUGCUUAAAAAAAACAAACAUCUGUAUCUUAUUUUAGAUUUAAAACCUUCUCAUAUACUCAGGUACAGUAAAUAUCGGUCCUGUUUUUCCACAUUUAACCAAGUUCUGGGUGAUUGGGUUUGUUUGUUUUGUUUUGUGAACAGCAGAGGGUGCCCAAGCUCACAAAAACACACACAUACAUGCAUCAUGAUUUUAGUGUUUGUUUGUUUUUUUUGACCAUUUCUAAACAGUUAAAGGUUUUCAUUGUUCUGUUAAUAUGUUGGGAGUCACAUUUUAAGUCAGAUGUCACCGCUCCGAAAAGACGUCAUGUUAUUUUAUGGACAAAUUAUGACAGAAAUAUACACUGAAAUGAAGUCAAAGUGAUUUAUAUAUAAUGUGAAACUCAACAAAAGUCCACAAAGUCUCAACUGUGUUCUACUGAAUCCUGAUUAUGUGAGUUAAAACAAAAAAAAUCAAGUUAUAAUUGACACUUCUUAUUGUUCACACCAGUAUAGAUUUAAAAAAUGUGGCCGGACCUUUUAGCGCACACUGAUCUGAUCUGAACAUUUACGUCCCCUAAUUCAGUUUUACAGGCAGCAGCGUCGACCUGAUAUUUAUUUAUUUAUUAACAGUUUAAAAGUUUUAUCUCCACAAAGCACGAAUAAACUUUUAGACAUGAAGAUAUUUAACAAGGGUCAAACAGAGAUAAUUAAAGUUGAACCCUUUGAACCCUGAGAGCUGAUGAGAAUAAUAGGGAAUCUUUAUAAACUCUUUAAAGAGGAAACGUGAAUCAAGGAUGAGGAACAGUUUAAACACUAAAAGCUCUCAGUUAGUAUCAGGUGGUUUUUCGGUGGAGAUUUGUUGGGGGGGGGGUUUCAUUUCUAAGUGACUUAUUUCCUCGUUCAGGACAAACGCUGCCUCUCUCCUCUAAUAACGGACCUUUACAGUCACAUGAAACUAUCCUCAGCUUAGUUUAAUUUAACAUCUGUGAAGCUUCAGUUUGACUUCGACGUUCCUGCUGCUGCUUUUCAGUUCUGAUGUGUUAAAAAUAAAAAUAAAAAGGGACUCGGAGUUAAUUUCACUGUUUCACACAGAAAUCAGAAACAAGCUGAUUUUUUUUAACUGUUAUUGAUUCACAGCAGGCAGGUUCUUCAGUUCUGGGUUUAAACACUGUUAAUGUAGGUUUGUUUUUUUUAAAGUCGCCUCUCUGUUUUAUAACGUGGAUCUAACGAGGGGAAUAAUACCGACCUGAGUGACCUGUAAUUAUACAAACUGUAGUCUGGUUUUAUUUCAAAUAAAAUGUUUUUUCUUCU